CUCCUCCUGUAUCUGAUCCACAGGCGUUGGGGCCAGCAGUGGUCAGCCCACUUGCCAACUGCCAAAAAAAGACCAGGAAUGCCAGGAUAAAGGAGUGGAACCCAAAGAGAAGUGUCAUCAUGAGGAAUCAAUGAGGCAUCUGUGACAAAGGAGGCCUGGUGGGGGCCAGAAGGAUGAAGCCUGGGAGAGCCACAUCUCCCAUGAGGGAAUUAACAACAGUGGAUCCAGAUUCUAAGUCAGUAUCUAGACCCGACUGGGAACCUGAACCACACCAGAUACCUAUCACCCAGCCAGAGCCUGACCCAGAAAAGACACCCACAGCACAGCCAGCAUCUAAGACUCAGCAGGGACCCAAUACCCAACAGGAGCCUGCUUCCCAGCAAACACCCCUCACUCAGCAGGAGUCCCUGGCCCAACAUGAAGCUGAAUCCCAGCAAGAAACUAGAGCCCAACAAAAAUCUGCUUCACAGCAGGAAAUCCUUGCCCCACAGGAACCUGCACCACAGCAAUCACCUCCCACCCAAAGGGUGCCCUUCACUCCAGAGGGAGCUGCCUCACAGCAAGGACCUGGGACAGAAAAAGAAUCUAAAACUCAACAGGAGCCAGAACUGGAAGAGGAGCAUGUGGCUCAGCCAGCACCUGGCCCACCAGAGCCACCUCUAGCUCAACAAGCUGGGUCAACACCUCCUUCCCAAACUGAACCUAUGUCCCAAGAGAAAGCAGGACAGUCGGACCAUACAGGCCAGCAAACAGCUCCAGACAAAUCCCAGCAUGGAUCUCUGAUCGAGUGGGGAUUUCUAUCAAAACUUCACGAACUAUCCAUACAGAGGCCGGCCUCAGAGUGGAAGACAUUUCUUGAGUGGAUCACAGAUUUUGACUCAGAAUCAGAUUCGGGGAAACCGUUUGAGACCGAGUCGCCAGCCGUGAAGGAUGGACCAAUGACCCAGGGGAUGAAGCUGGACCUCAAGGAGAAGCCUGGUCAUGAAGAGAUGUCAGGAAGUGGUGGGACAUCAGCCCAAGGGACGCAAACCAGCAACCAGAAUCACAGACACUCCUGGGACUCCGCCUUGCAGCUCAUACACAACAUGGACUUGCGCACGAUGACACAGUCGCUGGUGACUCUGGCAGAGGACAACAUGGCCUUCUUCUCCAGCCAGGGCCCUGGGGAAACGGCACGGCGGCUGUCAAGUGUCUUUGCAGGUGUUCGGGAGCAGGCGCUGGGGCUGGAGCCAGCCCUGAGCCGCCUGCUGAAUGUGGCGCACCUCUUUGACCUGGAUGCAGAGACGCCGGCCAAUGGGUACCGCAGCCUGGUGCACACCGCCCGCUGCUGCAUGGCGCACCUGCUGCACAAAUCACGCUACGUGGCCUCCAACCGCCGCAGCAUCUUCUUCCGCACCAGCCACAACCUGGCUGAACUCGAGGCCUACCUGGCCGCCCUCACCCAGCUCCGAGCUCUGACCUACUACGCCCAGCGCCUGCUGGCCACCAACCGGCCAGGGGGGCUCUUCUUCGAGGGCGACGAAGGACUCACCUCAGACUUCCUGCGCGAGUAUGUCACCCUGCACAAGGGCUGUUUCUACGGCCGCUGCCUGGGCUUUCAGUUCACGCCCGCCAUCAGGCCAUUCCUGCAGACCCUCUCCAUCGGGCUGGUGUCCUUUGGGGAGCACUACAAACGCAACGAAACCGGCCUCAGUGUGACCGCCAGCUCCCUCUUCACCAGUGGCCGCUUUGCUAUCGACCCAGAGCUGCGUGGGGCUGAGUUUGAGCGAAUCACUCAGAACCUGGACGUGCACUUCUGGAAAGCCUUUUGGAAUAUCACUGAGAUCGAGGUGCUAUCGUCUCUAGCAAACAUGGCAUCGGCCACUGUGAGGGUAAGCCGCCUGCUCAGCCUGCCACCGGAGGCCUUUGAAAUGCCACUGACUACUGACCCCAAACUUACAGUCACCAUCCCACCCCCCUCGGCCCACAUGGGCCCUGCACCAGUCCUCGUCAGGCUCAUCUCCUAUGACCUUCGUGAAGGACAGGACAGUGAGGAGCUCAGCAGCCUGGUGAAGUCUGAGGGUCCUCGGACCCUGGAGCUUUGGCCACGCCCACAGCAGGCACCCCGCUCUCAGUACCUGGUUGUGCAUAUCCACGGUGGUGGCUUUGUGGCCCAGACUUCCAAGUCCCACGAGCCCUACCUCAAGACCUGGGCCCAGGAGCUGGGCGUCCCCAUCCUCUCCAUCGACUACUCCCUGGCCCCAGAGGCCCCCUUCCCCCGCGCGCUGGAGGAGUGCUUCUACGCCUACUGCUGGGCCAUCAAGAACUGCGCCCUGCUCGGCUCAACGGGUGAGCGGAUAUGCCUCGCAGGGGACAGUGCAGGCGGGAACCUCUGCUUCACCGUCUCCCUUCGAGCAGCAGCCUACGGGGUGCGGGUGCCAGACGGCAUCAUGGCAGCCUAUCCAGCCACAAUGCUGCAGCCCACCGCCUCUCCCUCCCGCCUUCUGAGCCUCAUGGACCCCCUGCUGCCCCUCAGCGUGCUUUCCAAGUGUGUCAGUGCCUAUGCUGGUGGGGAGACAGAGGAUGACUCCACCUCAGACCGGAAGGCACUGGGCAUGAUGGGGCUGGUUCAGCGGGACACAGCCCUGCUCUUCCGGGACCUCCGCCUGGGAGCUUCCUCGUGGCUCAACUCCUUCCUGGAGCUCAGUGGGCGCAAGUCCCCCCGAGACUCAGUGCCCAUAGCAGAGUCUAUGCGGCGCAGUGUGUCUGAAGCAGCGCUAGACCAGCCUGAGGACCCAAAGGGCACGGACUCCCUCAAGAACCUGACAUUGCAUGACCUGAGUCUCAAGAGCAGCUCCGAGACAUCAGGCACCCCUGAGCUGUCCCUGUCGGCGGAGACACUUGGUCCCUCCAAGCCCUCAGACGUCAACUUCUUACUCCGGCCUGAGGAUACACCAGAAGAGGUUGAGGCCCAAGAUGAGCUGAGCCCCGAGGCCUUGGACAAAGGCCGGGGAAUUCGUGCCACUUUCCCUAAGGGCUUCCGCCCGAGGCGCUCCAGCCAAGGCCCCACUCAGAUGCCCAUCUACUCGUCGCCCAUCGCCAAGAACCCCUUCAUGUCACCUCUGCUGGCACCUGAGAGCAUGCUGCAGACCCUCCCGCCUGUACACAUCGUGGCAUGUGCGCUGGACCCCAUGCUAGACGACUCGGUCAUGUUCGCGCGGCGGCUGCGCAGCCUGGGCAAGCCUGUGACGCUGCGCGUGGUGGAGGACCUGCCGCACGGCUUCCUGAGCCUGGCGGCGCUGUGCCGGGAGACGCGGCAGGCAGCCGCGCUGUGUGUGGAGCGGAUCCGCCUGGUGCUCACUCCACCCGGCACCUCCGCGCCGGCAGCGCCGGUCUGAGCCUCGGACCAGCCGGGCCGCGCGGUACGGGGGGCGGGGCGGGGCGGGGGAGGGCGGCACUAAAGGCCUCUUGUUCCCACCUGCCUCGGCAGCCUCUUGGUGAAUACUGUGUGUGCUCCGGAGAGGGCCGCGGGAGGGGGUGGGCUGUGCCUUAAGUCGGACGGUGAAGGAGGGCCGGGAGUGAAACCCUGGACUGGAGGAAGGGGCACACGCAAACCAGUCACAGCGGGACCUGUACCCCACCACUGCCUUCCCCUGCUGCUGCCACCGGUGCUGGGGCGGGCCUGGCCCUCCCGGCGGGUGGGUUUGUUUUUGUUUGUAAAUAAAAGUACUUAUUU